AGGCCGCUCUCGUAGGCAGCCAACGCGAGGCUGAGCCGCGCCGAGCCCCGCGUCGUGCCCUGCGCUCCAGCUCCUGUCCACACUACCGCGAACAAUACAGAGUCAACAUGGCUAAAGGUGAUCCGAAGAAGCCCAAGGGCAAGAUGUCUGCCUAUGCCUUCUUUGUGCAGACGUGCCGUGAGGAACAUAAGAAAAAGAACCCAGAGGUUCCCGUCAACUUUGCAGAGUUUUCCAAGAAGUGCUCGGAGAGGUGGAAGACCAUGUCGAGCAAGGAGAAGGCUAAAUUUGAUGAAAUGGCAAAGGCUGACAAGGUACGGUAUGAUAGAGAAAUGAAGGACUAUGGACCAGCUAAGGGUGGCAAGAAGAAGAAGGACCCCAAUGCCCCAAAACGACCACCGUCUGGCUUCUUCCUCUUCUGUUCAGAGUUCCGCCCCAAGAUCAAGUCCACAAACCCUGGCAUAUCCAUCGGGGAUGUAGCAAAGAAACUGGGUGAAAUGUGGAACAACCUCAGUGAUGGUGAAAAGCAGCCUUAUAAUAAUAAGGCAGCUAAACUGAAGGAGAAGUACGAGAAGGAUGUUGCAGACUACAAGUCUAAAGGAAAGUUUGAUGGCGCAAAGGGAGCAGCAACCAAAGCUGCUCGGAAAAAGGUAGAGGAAGAAGACGAAGAGGAGGAGGAGGAUGAAGAAGAGGAGGAUGAAGAUGAUGAUGAUGAAUAAAACUGUACAAUACUUGUCUCCAUGUGAAUACCAUAGAGUAGGGGAAACACCAUAAUUGAAGCACCUCUUAUUUGAGAUGGUGUCUCUUGCCCUUAUUAGGCUUAAUUAAAAAAAUUUGGAUUCCGAUCGCGUUGUAGUUUCUAAAAGUGCUCUAGAAAUUGUAACUGGUUUACAUGAAGUGGCCAUGGGUGUAGUGAGCACCCUGAAACUGUAUCAAAGUUGUACAUAUUUCCAAACAUUUUUAAAAUGAAAAGGCGCUCUAGUGUUCUCCUAACUCUGUGCACUUUGCUGUUGGUGUAACAAAGCAUUUAAAAAUGUUUCAAGCAUUUUUUUAAUUUGUAAGGUGGUGUUACUAUAUGGUUAUUGGCUAGAAAAUCCUGGGUUAUAAACUGUACAUAUCUAUAGUUUGUAAAAACUAGACAGAUUCUUGUGGUACAUGCUUAGAGUUAUGAUGCCUUAGAGGAGCAGUGAUGACUGGGAAAGGCUGUAUGUUCCCCGGGGUGCCAUGGCCCAAAGCAUGCACUGUGAGGGUAGAUCUAUUUACACUACAGUGGGCGUCCAUUUAGCUUAAAGUUGUCUUUCUGUAUAUAGUGAGAUAGCAUUCUGCUGCCAUUCUUAGUUGUGGAAGGGGGUUCAGCUGGCAUGAGAAGUGUAUGGAUUUUUUUAGUUAAGUGCGGUAGUUUUUAAACUGAAACUGUAGACAUCUCUUCAUCGUCAACUAAGUGAAGAGCCAGUGCAGCAACUGAAGUUCAAAAACACUCUGUACUUAAACGAAUUUGCAACGUUCUGUUUUUUUUGUAUGUUUAGAAUGCUGAAAUGUUUUUGAAGCAAAAUAAACAGUAUUACAUUUUUAAAACUGUUCUUGACAACACUCUAAAUUUCUGGUUUAACAAGGAUCUUAACAACAGCAAGAGGUUCAUUUUGAAGUCUGUGGCAUCCCUCAGGGCUGGUGACUUAGGAAACAUUCUGACUCAAGGAUUAAAAAAAAAAUAAAAAUAAAAAAAAUAAAUGGUGGCCAGCCAAAACUGGCUGAAUUGAAAGAGAUGGCUGCUCCAGCUAAUAUGCAAUCGUAACUGUUUAUGGCUGAGUGGCAUAAGAUGCUAUGCAAGUUUGAACUUUAUUACUUGAACUUGGGAGCCUAAAUGAACAUUCAUGACGUAAUUGUUUGUUUGUGUGUGUAUAUAGCAGCAUUCAGAGAUGCAGAGAAAGGUAGGUGGCUAGGAAUGAGGCUGACACCAUGGAAUAAGUAUAAAAGCAUAGUUUGGAUUUUUUUUUUCAGUUGUGUUGGGUAAAUUUAUGGCCCAAAUGCAUUGCUGUACAUAUUAAAAUGUGCCUUUUUUGUCCUGUGUUAAA